CAUGCAUGUAACUGUCAAAACAGAGCGUCAAUAUGGCGGCUGUAGAAAUAUUUUCAAGCUGUGUUAAUUAUAAAUAUAAAAGUAAAAUAUGCUCUUUAAGUUUCCUCGUGGUAUUAUUCUUUUUAAUAUUAUCGUUCCUCACACCGUUCUUUAUUAUCAGUUAUACGGGAGGUUUUUAUAUAGUGAAUCGUGUGUAUGCAGAGAAACCUGAUGUGUUAUUUAAUUACAAGUAUAUGUUAUUAGGAUACAGAGACUAUAAGGUUAAUCCUAUCGUUUGUUCGGUGUUCACAACAUAUAAAAGUAAUAAAAUUACAGACGACUGUGUAUUGAUAAAGGUGCAAGAAGUAGACACGAACAGCGACGGAGUAAAAGACAUUUUAAAAUUCGAGGCUCAGUUCUAUACAGAUACGCCGAUUAAGAAUUUAAUGCUUCUACUUUUCUUCGAUUUUAAACUCAAGGGCACUAGGAAAGAAAAGCGAGGUCGAGCCAUGUCUACGAGAUCGAAAGAAAAGGUUGUGGCCGCGUUCCGAAAAUUCUUCCGGUCGUCCGAGAAAAUUUCCGAACAGGAGGCAGCAAGCAGUUCGACGAGCUCGCCUUCGAGGAGGCUUCUCGGUCGACACCAUCGUCCCGACGCGGUAACACCGUCGGAUGGUGCUUUGCCCGAGAAUUCAACUGCCGGUAAUUCCAAUCAUGGAACUUGUUUCUUCAAGUCCAAGAAAUCUAAUGGAACAACACCAGCUCAGGGUACCGCCGAUGUACCGGACAAAAGAGUUUGCUUGCGACGACUGAUGAAGGAACUGGGCGAGAUUCAAAAGACCCAGCAUCGGCUCGAGUCUACCUUCACCGCGGAAUUAGUUAACGACAAUUUGUUCGAAUGGCACGUCAGACUGCACAAGAUCGACCCGGAGAGCGAACUGGCUGCCGACAUGAGAGAGCUCAAUAUACCUUGCAUCCUCUUACACGUCGUCUUCCCGGAGAACUUCCCUUUCGCGCCACCCUUCAUGCGCGUUAUAUCUCCUAGAAUCGAGAAAGGAUUCGUUAUGGAAGGCGGUGCUAUUUGUAUGGAACUUCUUACGCCGAGAGGUUGGGCCAGUGCUUACACCAUCGAGGCCGUUAUUACACAAUUUGCCGCCAGCAUCGUUAAAGGGCAGGGUCGCGUGGCGAGGAAGCCCAAGUCGAACAAGGAGUUCAAUAGAAGAUCCGCCGAAGAAUCCUUCAGGAGUCUCGUCAAGACCCAUGAGAAAUACGGUUGGGUAACGCCACCGCUCGCCGAGGGUUGAUAGGGUAUGAUAUUUGAUGAAAUAAAAGAAUGGUUGCUUCGAGAAAAAAUGAAAAAAUGAGCCGCUCUGUCUUUGCGAGCAGGUUUUAAGCGUCGGUUUCGUUAGUUACAUCGUUUUCUUUUCCGAAUACGAUCGUUCGCGCGAGAAACUUUAUCGCGGACCCGAUAACGCGUGUGUCCAUCGGAUUCCGCGGAAAGCAACGGGAAGCGAUCGACAGUUUUUCCGCGGUUCGGGAAACGUUGCACAGCGGCUUUGUACAAUGAUACGCGAGAUCCAUCGCCGUGGAAUUUCCGCGAGGUUUUCGCCAUAAAGUAGCGGCCGUUUCGGACUUGCCCCUUUUAUCCUAUCGUUAAUAUUAUUUGCGUCCGUGUCUUGUUCGAGAGACAGGCGACGGGUAGACCGCGGACGUUUAUGUAUAUUCGCAUUUUGAUAAAUUUAUCCAUAGAAAUACCGAUCAAGUAGGAUCUUGUUAUCUCGAUGAACAAUUUAACCGAUUCAAAAUGAAAUUUACGUCUUCGUCGAGCAUUUAAUACUUUAUCGUAUAUUCGACUUAAUUACACCUGCUACAAGUUGGUCGAUUCUCUGCAGUCUACUAUCGAGAGGAAAUCGGCCGGACUCGACGGAUGUGAGAGAGCGAAAGAGAGAGAGAGAGAGAGAGAGAGAGAGAGAGAGACGCCAAAGCGAAUCUGCUAUCGGUUCGCGUAAAUUAUGUUGUUACACGUACGUAACUCUAUCGAAAUAUUAUAUGGUAAUAAAUUCACGAUAGCAAACUUUUUAUAUAGGGCAGGGAGAGCGCGUACAAUUUUUGAAUACAGCAUGUUGUUUGUUAAAAUUUGGAAUCCCUCGCUAGAUUUAUGUCGUGAAAGUACACGGUACAUUUUUAUAUUACGAUAGCUAAACCAAAGAAAAUAGAUUUAACAUCGUUUCCUGUUCCACAGGCGACGCGAUUCCAUGUGUCCAAAAUUGUAGAUACAACUUUGACGGUAGUAUUAUUUACAAUGUUAUAUUAUUGUAUCCGAUCAAUACAUAAAAUAUGUCCUGUAUUUAUUGUAAAUCAAUCUGUAUAUCUAUUUACAUUUAAUAACAGCGAUUUUAUACUUACCGGACCUUCCGUA